AUGACUCCGGACCGAGCGCGGAAUGUCCUGCUUCCAAGCACCUGGCAUUUUCUUCGCUUCUUCGUCGAAACGGACCGUAAGAAAAGCGACACAACAACACCCUCGGCAUCGCCCAGCCGCCGGAAAUCCCACCGACAUAAUCCACCGACGGCGUCUGCCUUGUCAAGAACUACUUGGCCCUCAGCCCGUACCGUGGUAACCGCUCUCCUCUGUGUCAUCUUACCGCCUGACGAUUGCAGCUGA